UGACGCUGUUUAACGAGGUAAUGUUUUUCUCGCAGCAGUGUGAGGAUAACAAGCCAGCGGAUCUGAGUUGCGGUUACAAGCCCUGUCAGCCGACGGCUAAUGAGCUGAAAAACAUUUGCAAAGCAGGCAGUCAGUGAGAAGAAUCGUGGCUGAGCGGAGGCGAGGGAAGGAAGCUUUUCUGUCGCCGCGGUUUUUGUUUAUCUUCAUGGAGCCGUCGGGUUGGAGUUUGUCUGAAAUCUCUCAGCUGUCCGUGGAUUAACACAAGACUCGACUCCGGAGCGCUGUCAGAUCAUUUUAAGUGAUAAAUUUGUGGAUUUUACGCUCCCUGCAUCACUUUGUGAAUAUUGAGGCUUGCUUGUUGCCCCCUUUUUUUUUCUUUUGGAGGAGGAGGAAGAGGGGACAACAUAAAGUCGAAAUUCAUUGAAGUCCGGACAAGACCCAGCGGACACUUGUUGAAAUACAAUUUACCGAGCAAACCUUUGCCCAACUGCUCGGGAGCUUUGCUAACGUUCCUAGCGAGACUGAGCUAACGAGGCUAACAACUUUCUCUUAGCACCGGCGCUCAGUAUUUUGGGCUCGGGGUUGCUUUAAAACGUGUGUGUGUUAAGUUGUUGUUCGAGUGUCCACAGGUUGGCAAAGUGCGUUUGUCAGAAUCGUCGGGAUGGCACUGACAGCAGCUUAGCUAACUCGGCUAGCUGCAGCUGUUGCUCGGCUCUCCGUUCACCUCGUUAGCAAUGACAGCUAACGUUAUGUUAACGUUAGAUUCAAACAAGUGGUUCGCUGGAAAUGUGUCAAUAUGAAGUUAUAUUUUGGCAUUAACUCCUUGUAAUCAACACAGCAUACUUUUUGAAAGUCAUCUGAGUUGACUUACAGACAGAUAAAGUACACACACACGCUGUGAUUAAUCUGCUCUCCAGGCACAAGAAGUCAACUUUUAUUCACGGGCAGCUUUAAAACGUUAGCUUAGCUCACGUUAGCUGCUAGCUAAGCACGGAGUUGUACUUCUCUUGAACUGACUUCGGCUAACCCAAUAAUGUGUGCUGUGGUUUUUGAAACGCUGACGGGUUCACGGCAACGCUCACUGGGAGACUUUGAAAAGUAGAGCCCCCCUCCUCCUCCUCCUCCUCCAGCACCGUCUUCUACUUUUUCCAAGUCGCUGAAGUUGUGAAUACUGCGGCCCGCACGAUGUCCGGCUCCCCGGGCACAGGUGGCUCAAACCCCAGGAAGUUCAGCGAGAAGAUCGCGCUGCACAACCAGAAGCAAGCAGAGGAGACGCGGGCCUUCGAACAGCUGAUGACAGACCUGACUGUCUCAAGGGUGCAGUUUCAGAAGAUCCAGCAGCUUCGUUUGUCUCAGACACGGGCGCCGUACUACGGAGGCUCUCUGCCUAACGUCAAUCAGAUCGGCAACACCAGCACUGAAUUUCAGGGCGGCUUUCCAUCAGGUUUGGACUCUGUCAGAGGAACCCGCCACCACGGGCUGGUCGAGAGGGUCCACAGGGAUCGAAACCGCAUCAACUCCCCCCAUCGCCGACCCAUCGACAAGCACGGACGGCAGAUAGAGAGCUCUCCGUAUGGAGCUGUGUACCUGUCCCCACCUCUGGACAACAACUGGAGAAGGGAACAGCAGCCAUGGACAGAGGAAAAACGGCCUGGGUUUAGAUUAAUAUCACAACUCAACAGAACCAACUCAGACUCAGCUCUGCAUACGAGCGCUAUGAACCCGAACCCUCAGGACCCCUUUGGCAUGAACAUGCAGAUGGGUCGAGGUCCCCCCCAGCGUAACGCUAGUGUAAAUGAGGCAGAGGUGGACGGCUCCGGAAACAUCUUCUCCUUCCCCCCCCUGCCCACUGAUGAGAGUCUAAUAGGUGUCGGGAAGCCUCUUCCCAAGCAGCUGUGGGAGGCAAAGAAGGUCCAGUCUCUGGCAUCAAGGCCCAAAUCAUGUGAAGUGCCUGGAAUCAAUAUAUUUCCGUCUCCGGAGCAGAACCCUGGUCUGUCCCACUACCAGGGCUUGUUAAAUACCGGCGGCUCCCUGCCAGACCUCAGCAACCUGCACUUCCCCUCACCGCUCUCAACCCCGCUGGACCCUGAGGACAAUGGAGGUUACCCCAACCUCAGCGGGGGCAGCAGCACCGGAAACCUGCCGGCAGCCAUGAUGCACCUCGGCAUUGGCAACUCGCAGGGUCUCUCCUCCUCUCUGAGCAACCCCUCAAUCCAGGCGUCCCUCAACAACUGCCAGCUGCAGUCGUCGCUCAGCAAUCCCUCCAUCAACUCGUCCCUGCGCAUGUCCAACAACUCCCCCCGGCGGCGGCCCGCUCCCAUCAGCCCCCUCACCCUGUCUCCUGGCACCGAGCAGCGCCGGGGUCUGGCCAAACAGCUGUCUCCGACCAUGUCUCCCUCACUGUCCCCCAUCACACAGGAUCUUGGGGCUUCCGGAGACUUGAACUACGCCAGACAAACUGGAUGGAGCCAUUUAAUGGGAGUUGCUUUGGAUACCAGCAACAUGCCAAGAGAGCCGCCCCCACCCUAUCCGCUCUACCAGCAGUCCCAGCAUGCAGUGGACCCGAGCCGACAGCGCCAACAGCAGCAGCAGCCGCAACAACAGCAACAGCAGCAGCAGCAGCAGCAGCAGCAACAGCCUGUUUCCCCCCUUCAGAACAUCCAGAUGGACUUCAACGCGAGCCAAAACAACAACAUGGCGGCACUCUUCAACGACCCCUUCAUGGAGCCACAGUUCUCCAAUCGCCAGAGCAAGACACUUCCUUAUCAGUUGGACCAGUUUAAUCUGUUGGAAAACGCGAUGAGCUCCACGGCGGGGGGUUCUUGCUUCGACCCUUCCUCCUCCUCCUCGUCCUCCUCCUUGCUCUACUACUCCCAGGCUUCCCUCGCAGGCCUGGGUGGCAGCCAUGGCAAUCUGCAGGACCAGAUGAGGUCCAACAUGCUGUACUCCAACUGCAGCGGAGGACUGCCCAACAUCAUACUCACAGAUGACUCCAACCCCAGUCUGUCAAAGGACAUCAGCAGCGCACUGUGUACGGUGCCCGAAUGUUUUGACUCGGAGGGAGGCUUCCCAUUGGAGGACGAGCUGCGCAUCGAGCCCCUCAGCCUGGACGGCCUGAGCAUGCUCAGUGAUCCCGACAUGGUGCUGCCGGACCCAUCUGUGGAGGAUACGUUCCGCAGCGACAGACUCUGAACAUGAAGAGCGUCACGGGUUCAACACACAUGGAGCUGCAGUGUAUAGAGUGUACAAAUCUGAAUAUGCAUGCAAACGAUCUCUAUAUGGCCACUGUGCAUGCAUCCACUGCCACUAAGAUUCAUUCAAUGUGAAAGACGAGAACAUGUGCACGGUCGUGCACAAACACUUUUAAAGGAGGAGACUCGUGAACAAACACAGUUUACACCUGCUUCAUGCAAAGUUACUCUGACACACGCACAAGCUCGUGUUUCUCAGACUUUAUUAUUUUAUUCAAUGUGAGUCGAUGCAGUUUGAAAUCAGCGUCUGCACCUCGGACGGACACGUGAGGCGAUCCAGCGAGGAGCCGAAGUCCUCCCGCUCACAGCCUCCCCGAAGCCAUGGCAACCUCGUCGCCAUGGUUACACACCAUAGCAACCCCAUCGCCAUGCUGAGGAGCAGCAGAAAUGCCAAAACACGAUUUACUUUUCUCCAGUAAAUGAGGGAACGUUACUGAUCACAGCUGGAGCAGUCAGACGUGUCGGCGGUGAAACAUCUGGCAGGUGGAGAGAGACGCCGCGGCCACUUCAGGCUCUUGAACUGUCGUGGUAGAAAUGAAGAGUUUUUGUUUUAAAUGUAUUUCUCUACACAUGCUAUCAGAUUAUUUUUGAGAUGUUUGCCACAGAUCUAUAAGAAUAUAAAUAUAGAUAUAUACACAGUUCAAUUUGUCUGAUUAGAAUGUAUUUUCCAACUAGACACAAAAAGGGCAAACUGUUUACAAAGAUGAGAUUUUAAUAAGUAAAUAUUACUUAAGAGUAUAGAUUUUUGAAUUUCUAACUAAGAAAUAAAUUCUCGGAUGAACUGAAUAAAUGCUUUAUUUUCCUCGGAUUCUCCCCCGGCUCCUCGCUCGCAGACGAGUCGCCGGUGGUUUCCUCUGGCGGCACUGGGACGGGGUCAAAAAAUCAUUAAAAAAAAAAGAAGAAGAAAAGGAACUUUACAUUUUUUUGAAAAUACUUCUAUGUACAUUCAUUGCAUAUGUUUUAUUUCACUUUUUGUACUGACUUGUAAUGGCGCUUGUACUGUACUUAAACUCUCGUUGUGAAUAAGGGCAUGCGCUGUGCUACUGUGGAUCGAUUAAGUCCUCAAUAUGUUCUCUUUGCAUCCGGCUUUCUGUCCUCGUGUUCCAGCUGUGCAGUGACAAACCUCCCCCUCCUGAACGAGACUCAUUCAGAGAGCAGAUUGUAAUCAUGUGGACAUCGGACAUCAUGUAACAUUGCACUUAAUCUCUUUUGCACUAAUUGGUUCACAGUGUGUAGACUUGUUUUUGUUUUUGUUUUUUUUAAAACUGAUAACCCAAAGAAGUUAAACGAAGCCAAUACAAAGAAAAAGGGGCAUUCCGUGACUCACAAAGUCGUUCCGGUUCAUGUCCUGGGUCGCCUUUAGAAUAAAUUCAUGGGACUUUUUCAUAAACCAAGAUCUUGUACCUUUUUUGGUAUAUCGAGUCUCUCAGUCUCACCAAAAGUUUUUACAGGUUUAGGUUUAAAAUUGUACUUGACAAGCUGUAACUUGCAAAAUCCCAGAAAGAACCACAGUACAGAUAUCUGCCACAAUCAAACCACUGAAUAUAAUUUUACAGCUUGUGACAGGUAGUAAAAAAUUGCUAUUUAAAAAACAUGAUUUUAGUGAUGACGAGGUCUGUUUGUAACCAGAAACACGAGUCUGGUUUAGGGAGAAGUUUGGCUUUGAGACCUUGCGAGAAGUGAGUUGUUACACUUGUUGCUUCAUCUAGAUUAUCAGAAUCCGUUAAAUGUUCAUCCAAGACUUUGGAGAUUAAUUCUUGCGGCAGUUUCUCUACGUAAAAACUCCAAACUCCUCUCCUCAACUAUAACUCGCAUGUUUCCGGUGACAAUAAGGAUUUUACUCUGUAACAGAACGUUCUCUCACAAUGUUGUCAAACACUUUGAGCAACAACCUCGACCUGUUGGUGACAAACAUGAGGGAUUUUAGUGGACGAAACUUUGGAUUACGUAGCAGCUCUGUCCAUCUGCGCGUGAUCCUCUUCUCUUUAACACAUGAAAUAGUUUUGAGGGAAAUUCAAAACCUUUUUUUUUUUGUAAGGAUCUCUGGCACUUAAUAUCUUAAACAAGAAUAUAUAACAUGUAGAUGUGACAGAUCUACAUUAAUGCUACACAGAAUCAACAUUACAACAAAGUGAAAACUAGUUAAAUAUGAGUUUUGGAAAAUAAAAGAUAAUUUGUUCAGGUUAGAGUGAUAAAUGUUUCUGUCUGCAGCUGGUUCUGUUUGAACCAGCACAUGUUGCACAUUAGAGUCUCUUACAUGUUCAGGACACAUUUCAACCCAGUCCAGUGAAAAAUAAGCACUUUGUCAAGAAUGACUUAACUCAGCUCUGAUAGGCCAAAUUCAAAAAUAGAAUCAGAGCUUAUAAAAGUAUUUGGAGUUCAGCUGUAGGGUUUGUUCAGGUCCUGUGAAUUUAAUAGAAGUGUUUUCAUACAUUAAUUUUAGAAAAUCCAUCACAUGAACUGAGAAAAGUCCUGAAUUCUGUGUGAGUCGGCAUCAAAAUGACCCGAAAAGUGAGACUUUGUGACUAAACUGCACAUUCACUCAGUGCACCAGCAACAGGUGUUUGAUUUUGAUAUGAUGUGAGGAACCAGGUGACCGUGUGGUCCUGCAGUAGUGUUUUUAUAAAGAGAUCAUAUUUGCACUCAUCUAAUAACUCGGCCAUUCAGGGCAUUGAGUGCCCCCUAGUGUUUUAAUAACGUCAAAGAGUUAUUUUUAAUACUGCGUCUGGGAGGAUGUGGAGCAGAUGUCUCCCUCAGCUAUGCAACGACCUGUUGAACAGGUGCAUCUUGUACAUUAUGCAGUGCAACACGGCGUGCAGGUUUAUUUUGCCGUGUUCACAACGUGGGGAUCAAAUUUGCUAUAAAAUCACAAUAUUACAUGUGUCCAGUGUCCACAGUGUGUGUGUGUGUGUGUGUGUGUGUGUGUGUGUGUG